AUGAUCGGGCCAUCGUCAGGGAAUGCUGGCGAGGUCACCGAGAGUCAGUGCUGUGCCUCCGCCAAACGGAAGAUCUUCGACGACUUGGAGGUCGAUGGCUCCAAACGAAAGGUCUUUGAUGAGUUGGACAUUGACAGCUUCUGCGAUGAGGUCCGCCAGACGAGUCGCAAACACUAUCUCGAGGAACUGGAGACGCCAGUGGAGCUGGUGGCUACAUCAAACGAUAUCAUCGCCAACGCGGCGGCACUCUUCUCGCCGAUGUCUGCCCAGGAGGUCAUCGAGGAAUCACAGGUGACGCGUCUGGAAGUAUUGCUGGUGGAUGGCACAAACUGCACCUGGACGACCAUGUCAGAGCUGGAACAACAGCAGAAUGUGGAUAUUCUCGUGACCUCGUCUUCCUCGUCGUCGUCUUCAGUCUCAUCAACCUCGUCCUCGUCAAAUACAUCUGGAUGUGCAGAACGUCAUCCUACGGAAACUUAUAUUGAAGAGCUUCAUUAUCAGCCGACAGUAUCAAUGAAUUAUUGGGAACCAGUCGCCGCCCCCGUAAUCUCGCUUGCCAAUCUGAACACGCAGCAAAAUAAAGGAACAAUAAGCAAUAAUCAGCAACAGCAGCAGCAGCAGCAGCAGCAGCAGCAGCAACAGCAAUUCGAGGAUCAAGAGAAUGGAAAUUUGUCAUGGUUGUUGGACUUCAAACUGGAUUCAUUCAUCGAAGCCGCGGAUGAUAGAUGCACUAUAGGACCCACCGCAACAACAAAGAACAAUUAUUGUGGCAAUAAGAAUAAACCGAACGGAAGGUCGCAUGGUUCCAAUUACGCCAACGACGUCAAGAGAGGAUAUGGCAGUCACGAAAAUUCGUCGAUGUAUCGACAGGACGUAAACCAGGCGACUUAUCCCACUAACGGAAACGACAGUCGAAAUUUCUCGUCCGCGCGAUCCAAUGGGCCAAAGAAGCCACCCUUUACUUAUACGGAAUUGAUAGAACAUGCGCUACAGGAAAGAGGCGAGCUCACUGUUUCCGCGAUUUAUCAGUGGAUCUCCGAGCAUUUUCCUUAUUAUAAAAGCAACGAUGAUCGCUGGAAGAACUCCGUCCGGCAUAAUCUCUCGAUAAAUCCGCACUUCAGGAAAGGAUCGAAGGCGACUCAUGGAGCAGGUCAUCUUUGGGCGAUCGCGAAUCGUGGCGAUUGUAGACCUCGUUCAUUACCAGUUACUAGUCUGACAAAUACUACACAAAUACAAGUAACACAAAAUGAGUCUGAAGAAUCCCGGAGUAACAAAAUCAUCAGCCAAAUUAUGGACGAGGUGGAGGCUGCGACGGCGAGCAUCACACAGCCGAAUUCUGAAGAGGAUGCGGACGAUAUACUGAAUUCUGUGACGCUCGAGCAUUCCGCCGAGCAAAUACUCAACGGAAUAAAACGGCAAGUGGAAGUGCAGUAUCUAGUUCCUAUGGUGAACGAUUCCGAGGCAGGUCAACAGAAUGAACAGAUAGAGCAACAAACGGAUACGCUCCAAUGCUCCUUCAAGGAAAGUGAUUUUCUGAACCCGGUAUCCAAGGAAGUCGUCGCUGAGGAAUGCGGACUCGUAAACGAGGGAUAUCUAGUCACGGAUCCGACUACUCUGGGAUUAAACGUGGUCGAUCCCGAGAUUAUAGGAUCGGAAAAUCUCUUCGGUGAGGAGCUCAGCUUUCAAUUUUAUGAAUUGACGUCGCCGUCGCAGCUGCAAUCCGCCUGACACACAGAGAGCAACAAAGUACAUCUUAUUGUGAUUGACGAACUUCAGAUACAGAACGCACGAUCGUAUGACAACCAGCUGGUUCGCAAUGUUGCCGAAACCGAGAAGAAUGUCUCAGAGCGGGAAAACUCGCAGAAAAAAUCGCUUGUCAAUAGCGAUCGGAUCAACGAGGACUAUACGAUGACGAGAAGCUGAUCUUACUUGAGAAAUUUUUUAUAAUGACUCGGAAUGUUCGAUCAUUUUAUUCGACGCGGCUGCUAAAUUAACUAGAAGCUUAAUUGAAUCAGCUGAACCAGUUAAUUGAUAUGUUUUAUGGAUGGAUAACGAGUCAAUUACAAAUACGAGGAAAUCUUAUUUCUCAAAUACAACAUAGUUCGAGGAUUUGAUAAUCGCGAUAAUCACCGAAAGACUUUAGAGUGA